UAGAGGUCCAAAAUCCUACAAGUAAUUUAGUAAUCCAAGUUCCUACCCGCACUGUCCCGAACCGUUUACCAUCAACUCCUCGAGCUCCUUCAGUCCCCAAAAAUGGCGGCGAUAAACAUCAUCACAUCAAAAAUCACUCCAUCUCUUCGAUUACCACCUUCAACCUCUCGUCAACCUCACCCAACUCUCUCUCCUCCCAACCCUCCCUCCUUCACAACCCACCACUUUCUCUCUCUAAAACCCAGCAACAUCACUAGUAUUACUCCCAUCACAAACGUUAAACCUCGUUCUCUCUCCAUUGUUUCUGCUCUCAAGAAAAUCUCAGAGGCUAAUUCUAUCUCUCUGUCGCCGGAAAAUGACGGAAGUGUGACGUCAGAGUGUGGCGUUUACGCUGUGUAUGAUUCCAACGGCGAAAUUCAGUUCAUCGGAUUGUCGAAGAAUGUUGGUGCUAGUGUUGAUUUACACCGCAAGAAGGUGCCGGAGCUUUGUUCCUCUGUUAAGGUUGGAAUUGUUGAUGAACCUAGCAAAGAAUCCUUGACACAAGCUUGGAAAUCAUGGAUGGAAGAACACAUAGCUGCCACAGGAAAGGUUCCACCGGGGAAUGAAACAGGAAACACCACAUGGUUUCGACCACCACCUCAGAAGAAGCCUGAUCUCCGUCUAACGCCUGGACGUCAUGUGCAGUUAACAGUUCCGUUAGAACAGCUCAUUGAUAGGCUGGUUAAAGAAAACAAAGUAGUCGCUUUUAUCAAGGGAUCUCGAAGUGCUCCUGCAUGUGGGUUCUCACAAAGGGUGGUUGGGAUCCUUGAAAGCCAAGGGGUGGAUUAUGAGAGUGUGGAUGUGCUUGAUGAGGAGUAUAACAGUGGAUUAAGGGAAAAACUUAAAAGCUACAGCAACUGGCCGACAUUCCCUCAGGUUUUUGUCAACGGAGAACUGGUUGGAGGAUGUGACAUCUUGACUUCCAUGUAUGAACAGGGUGAACUUGCCAAUUUGCUCAAGUAAUUAUUCAUAAAUUUUUCGUGUAAACACUGUUAUGCUAAAUUUUUCAUAAAAUUUUCAUGUAAACUGAUAUGCUAAACAAUUUAGAGCUUUUUUUUUUUCUUUUCUUUUUUGACAGCUGAUUAAUUGUUGAAUGAGUAUGUAGCUGUACAAUUUUAAGAAUGAGGGUGAGCUUGCCAUGCUGUAUAGGCUGUAAUCCCGUGCUUUGUUUUUUAGCACUGGCUAGUUGAAUAAUGCUGAAGGUAGCAUUCUGUAA